GGGGGAUGCUGAGCCGCGGCCGGCGCUAGGACCGGGUGCGCCAGCAGGCGGAGCCUCCUCUCCGCGCCGCCCGGCUCCCUCCCUCGGCUGCUACUGCUGCAGUGUCUCCGAGGCAAGCAGGCAGGCGGCCUGUCUCCAUCCGAGCGCGGCUCCCUCGCUGCCCCUCUGCCGACGUCCCGUAAAGCAGCAUCCCUCUCUCUCCGCCGCCGGCAUGGCUGGCGUGAGCUUCGGCGCCAACCGCCUGGAGCUGCUGGCCUCGUACCAGGAGGUGAUCGGCGAGGACAGCCCCACCGACUGGUAAGCCCCCCCCGGGGGAGCGGGCUCUUUGUCCCCGCGGUGGGGAGGGGGGCGCUGGCUGCCGCCACUGCUUUGUGCAGGGGGGCGUGGGCGGCGUCUGCCCGCCCGCUUUUCUACCGGGAGUCGCCAACAGCGCUCCCCUCCCUGCCACCCUCGCUCCCCAUAGAGGCGAUCCGGGAGAUUCCUCGCUUCCCGGACCUGGGACAUGGCUGGGGGGCGGGUGGGGGGGAGAAGCCAUUAGCAACCCAAAAUGGUGCAUUGGCAACGCGCGGCCAGGCCCGGGAGCUGGGGCGAGGCCUUUUUCUGUGGGGCGCAAGGAGGGCACAGCCCGAGGAUGCUCCAGCAGCCUUUUCAGAGUCCGGGGCGGAGGGGGGAUAUUGAGCGGCGUCCCGCCCUGGAGCCCCACGGAGCUCUUUUGAGGAGGGGAGCAGUUCAGAGAAGUCCCGACGGCGUUUUCCACCCCUAAAAUUGGGGCGUCGGAGGCGCGCCCCAGCCCUGUGGGAGCCACCUCGGUGCCAGGACGCGCCCCCUUUCUUUCCCCCACCCUCCCGCAGUAUCCUUCCCCGCACCCCAUCCCCGGGCGCAUCUCUUCGGAUGCGGCGGGGGCGGGUCCGCGCGAUGCCUCUUCCACCUGCUCGUCCGCCCGCGGCGCCCUCCCGAGCCAGCCCGGGCCGUCCAGCUCGGCGCCCGGUGCCCAUCUGCGCUUAUCCCGCGCCUCCGGGUACCAGCCUCUCUUCCCCUCCAGUUUUGGGGUGAAAGUUAUCUGAUAGAGACGCGCUACACAAAGGAAGGUGGGGCUGGCGAGGGGGAGGAGGGGGUCUGGAGGCUGGAGGGGAGGGGCUGGUGGGCUGUGAGGAGGAGAAGAGGAGGUGGGGUUGGAGGGGAGGAGAAGGAGAGAGGCAGAGAGGAGCCAAGGGGGCCCUCCGCAGGCAGCCAUCCCCGCGCAAGGAGGAGGCGUGGAGGGCCCCGAAGUGCCGCAUCCUUUUCUUUUGGGCUGCCGAGGCCUGGCUGUCCACAGGCCGCCUGUCUCUUUGGCAAAGGGGCUCCCCUUUCUCUUUGGAGGUGGUGUUGGCAGCGAAGGCCCAUCCCUGCUCGCAGGGGCUCUUCCCAGAAUAGACUUGGGGGAUGUUUCAGCACAACCCUUUAUUUGCAAUUUUCUGGGCCUGCUGCUAUGGGGAAGCCUUGAUUUGAAGGCUGCCUCCAGAGAUGAAAUGGGAGCCAUCUCCUACAAAGCCCCAAACAAUAGACAUGUGCUCCAUUUCUGCAGUCGCCCAAUUGUGUGUGGGUGUGUUGUGGGUGUUGGGGGUUAUUGUUAAUGAGGCCUGCAUACUUGGCGUUCCCAGCCAAUGAAUGUUCACACUUUGUGAGAGGCAGAAGGUUCUUCAGAGACUUCAUGCUACGUUUCCUUUGCCUUCCUCAUGCCUUGAGACUUCCCAGCAAGCCAUGAAGCAGUCCACCCAUGUCUGCAGCAAUGGCCCAGGCAACAGAAGGUUUCUCCCCGGUAGUUCAGUUUCUGGACCUCAUUUUUCUGUUUGAAGCAGAAUUGCACAGAGGGCUCGAGUGAUGCUCCCUAAACAUAAGAUAGCAGGACUCAGUUGCCAGGAAGCACUUGCCACGUAGUCUCCUGUAAGAUUAAUUCACCCUGCAAUUAUGGAGCACUUAAUCUGGUCCUUAAUAUGCACCACAAGGGGGACUAAUUAUUUACAAGUGCUUAGACCUAGGUUCAAAACAGUGGCCACCUAUAGCCUCUGUGGGAUGCUUUUGAACAAGUCACUUUCUUUCAGCAUCGGUUCCCCAUGUGUAAAAUGGGAAUGGGAGACCGCCCAUGCCUUGUUAUGCAGAUGAGCUGGUUAAAGAAUAAUGGAAAUCACUUUGUACUGUACAUGUGCUUGUGUGUGACUGAUAAUAAUUGGAGCCACUAUAGGCUUCCUGGUCUGUUCCAGAGCAGCUCUUAGGAAAUGCUUUUGCUUUUUAAAAACCUAACUGACAAGUACUUUGUGCUUCUUAAAGAAACCAAGUCCAUAGUGUGCUUGGAGAAUUGUUGUUGUUUUUCCUUUCUCCUUCCAGAGUUACUCUCCUGUGAGAUUUCUUCUGCCCUGAUCCUCACUUUCUCAGUCUGCACUGACAUGCAGUGUUUUCUCUCUCUGCAAAUAGUUUCUUACAUCUCCUGGGUCCACUUCAUACUAUCCCUACCACACCCUGCCCUUUCUGUCUGCCAGGAGCUCUGCUCUCUGUAUCGGCUGUUGUGGUUUUUCUCUUCCCACUCAGGUUGCUGAAAGCUCAUUUGUCUCUGGAAGGCCAAAAUGAAAAAAAUGAAAAAGCGCCCUGUGGAUGUGAAAGUGCUCUUCUCCCUGUGAGCCACCACUUUCACUUCCAAGGGCCAUUUCUGACCCCCUUCCUUGCUAACCUGGGUGUGCAGGUGUGUGGCAUCCUUCUGAGGCAAGGUCUUUUCAAACACUAGUGGCCUUUGGGCGGCAUAAACCUCCUGGUUCAGAAGCUGAAACCCAUCACAACUGCUUUCCUUUCAGCCUCUCCUUUCACAAUGGUGCUGGAGCUGCCCACAUCAGCAGCACAUAGAUUACAGGGGGACAGAGGAACGAGGCAGUGGUCCUGGUAUGCCACUUACUAGCUCCAUGUCAGCUUGUGGGGAGUCGUAGAGCUUGGUUGUUCUCUUUAGAUAAAGCUUCAUCAGUACUCUUACCUGCUGCAGCCUGACAAUUUAUAACUUUGCUAGAGCAAAUGGAGUAAACUCUGCACUGCUAUCAGUUUUCCUCCCCUCCUCCCCAGUGCUUUAUUUUGCUGUUGCUUCUUUGUAGUUUGCUCUUCCCCACCCGGUUCCUCCUCUUCCUUCUAGACCAGAAGGUCUCCAGCUGCUCCUCUUUGCUUGCUUCCUUCUCUUUCAAAGCCCAGACACUUCAGGCACCCCUCUCUUGUUUCCAGCUUGCAAGCCAGGCCUCUUGGUCUGUUCAGCUGGAGACGUAUCCCACAGAUGAUACACACACACACACACACACACACAUGCAAACAGCAAGGAGUGUGGCUGGUUAGCGGGCACAUAGUAUGUGUGGUGUUUGUUGUAGAAUGUGGGGGACACACACACACACACACACACACACACACACACGAGAUGACAGUGUGGGUGGAGGGGGUGCAGUUGUGUGCUCAGAAAGGCAUGAAUUUGAGAGGUGGGAGGACAGGUCACCCUCAAAGACAAAGGCAAACUAAGGAAGGCAGAGAGUGAAGAGGAAGUAAUCUCCCCACUUUCAGACUUGAAAAUGCCUAGAAGCAGGGGCCUGUCUUUUCUUCCUGCCCCCCUCCCCACUGUAAAAUUGUCAGUAUGUCAGGGAUAUAUUUUUGGCCCUCCAGAUGUUGUUGGACUACAACUCCCAUCACCCCUGGCUAUAAUGGCAAUGUUGGUUGGGGCAGAUGGGAUCUGGAGUCCAAAAAUGUAUGGAGGGCCAUAGGAGUACAAUAAUGGUUUGGUUAUCAAUGAUGGUGCAUAGGAGAUUAUUGGGGAAGAUUGAGAAGGAAGAGCCAAGCAACAUUAGUAGCACCCAUGCUGAGGCACCCGAAUCUCCAGGACAAUGGACUGUCAUUGUGGGAUGAUAGACAGUGAGCGGCAGAUGUCGGCCACAGGUGAUGGGAAAUAUAAUCAGUACUGCUGGCAGGGCCUCAAACGGGGGAGGAGGGAUCUCUUGAAUGGAAAAUGGGGUCGCUUCUGCAGUGGUGUCUAGUGCUCUGAGUGGGCUGAGUGCUCUGGGUGUGCUAAUGGAUUUGUCUCCUGGGCAAUGUUUUCUUGUCUUAAGGAGAAGAGAGCACAAAGGGAAUCCAGCCUGAGUGGAACCUAGUGCCCCCUUGGUGAACUGCUCACCAGAGGGCUGCCCUCAACUCACCUGAAUCUGAUCCUUUAUGAAAAGAUGGUGCCUGUCUGGCAAUUGCCAGGAUGAGAAUCUAGCCUUGCAGCCAAUAAGAUUCUGCGGAGCAAAUGUCCCCAGUGGUUUAGCAAUUGGUCUAGUAGCCUUUUAUGUCUUAUUUAGUCUCUAGCCCCAGUUUCUGAGCGGCUUGCGAAAGAGAUCUUCCAAGUGAGCAGAGAAAGGUUUAGAGGUUCAGCAUAUCUUGGAUCCGAGUCAAAACAUAUUCCUGCCAGGGAGCUCUAUAGCAGUACUGUGAUUUUAGUGCUCUGCCCUGUGUCAGUCUGAAGAGGAAGAAGCUAAACCACCCCCACCGCCUCCACAGAUGCAGGAUAUAAAUUACUGUGCUGCAGGCUGGCCAGAGACUGGAUAGAGAAUCUAGCCCCCUAACCAGCUUUGACUGUUCAGACUCACUGCACCCGCUAACUUUACACCUCCCUUGUGAAAAUAUUACUAAAAUCUCUCCUACUAUGGAUCCCAGAUUCCCCCCUUCCUAUAAUUACACUGGUCAACAACAAAUUUGUUGUCUGUGUUUUUUCAGCUGAUUUAGGACGAAUCUGAUGCGCUGAAUCCAAAAAUCACAUUGGUUUUGCUCAAUCAGGUCAAGUUUUGAGUUAUGGCCACAUGUCGUUUUUUUAACUUUUUUGUUCACAUGUAUGCUUGUGUGGAGCAUUUUAGAAGAAGUUAGUGGGGGUAGAAUGCCAUGUUGAAUAAUUGUUUUGAUUGGAAAUGAUUAUUUUAAUGACAAGAAGUAUUCAGGUUCAAUAGUUCUGGGUGAUUAUGUCGAAAAGGGAUCAGUUUGAAGUCAUAAAACCUCAAAAUCUUCCAUAAAUUGGUGUGGCAAAGCAUAAAGUUGGGGGAUCAAAACCCCUGGCUCACUCGAGUACACUGAAGGAGAACUAUGAAGGGGUGAAGUAUGUGCUGGAGAAAAUUGGUUAUGAUCAGCAUAAGUGGUUUAUUUGUGUUGACCUGAAGAUGGUGAACUUUUUGUUGGGACAACAGUCUGGCUUCACCAAGUACCCAUGUUUUCUGUGCAUGUGGGAUAGUAGGGACCAUGCUCAGCAUUACACGAAGAAGGACUGGCCUGUGCGGGAGGAAUUGGUGCCUUGCAGAAAAAGGAACGUCAUCAACGACCCUCUGGUGGACAGAGACAGAAUACUCUUCCCACCGCUGCACAUCAAGCUCGGCUUAAUCAAGCAGUUCACCAAGGCUCUGGACAAGGAUGGUGACUGCUUCACUUACUUGUGCCAGGCUUUUCCAGGAUUGACCAUGGAGAAGUUGAAAGCUGGCAUCUUUGACGGUCCUCAGAUCCGUCAGCUCAUCAGAGAUCCAGAGUUCGGAAACUCAAUGAACGAAGUGGAACUGGAAGCGUGGAAGGCAUUUGUUCUGGUAGUGAAGAACUUUCUUGGCAACAAUAAGGCCAGAAACUACGCAGAACUUGUCAACAACAUGCUGACUGCUUUCAGAAACCUGGGCUGCAACAUGAGCGUCAAGAUGCACUACCUAUUUUCACAUAUGGACCGGUUUCCUGAGAACCUGGGUUCAAUGAGUGACAAGCAGGGGAGAGAUUCCAUCAGGAGAGGAAAGAGAUGGAGACCAGGUAUCAGGGUCGCUGGGACGCAGUCAUGAUGGCUGACUACUGUUGGACUCUGAAGAGAGACCUCCCUGCCGCUGAGCAUUCCAGGAGUUCCAAGAAACGGAAGUUCAAGCCCUGAAGUUUGAAAAAUGGUGAAGCAACAUGCAAUUUACGUGUACUUACCUUUAUCAAUGCCCACCAUUCAGUUUACAGUAAUCGAUGUUUCUAUCAGGUAAUCAAUAUAUGUUGUUGGAAAAACAUUUUUUCUCUUAAAAACAUAUUUAGGAUGAUAUGUGUUGACAAAAAUCAGCUGAUAAUGCCACAAAAAUGUAAUCGAUUUUGUCACAAGAUCUGAUUUUUUCAAAUCAACAUAGCACAAAAACCUGACCUGAUGGAGAGAAACGGAUGCCAUUUCCUGAUUCAGCAGUGCAAAAAUACCCUAAAUCAGUUGUAGAAAUCUAGACAACAUUCAAAAAGUAAAAAAUUGUUGCCCAGUGUUAUCAUUCCUUUUUGUGACUUUCCCCCUGCUCCACUGUUGUGUGACCUAUCUCUAUUUUAUGCUAUUCAGGGUAUUUUAUCUCAUUCUUCCUCCAAAAAGCUUUCUGUGGCAUCCUUGGUUUUCCUUCUCCAUUUUAUCCUCACGACAACCCGAGAAGGUGGGGAGAAGCAGAGAGAGAGACUGGCCCAAUGGCCUAGCUUUGUGGCUAGACAGGGAUUCCAAUCCUGAGCUCCCUGGUCCUGUCCUGACCCAGGGAGUCAGUGUGGUGCCCCCAGAUGUUGCUGGACUUCUGCUGCCAUCAUUCCUGCCCAUUGAUUGUGCUGGCCGAGUCUGACAAGAGUUGGAGCAAUAUCUGGGGAGGAUCACGUCUGCUUCCCCUCCUCUGACCGCUACACCAAAUUGGUUCUUACCUCCUACUGGAGUCCCUCUCUGCCUUCCUGGCACCUUGAAAUAAAUCAGAAAAUUGUGUGCAUGCACACGGAAACUUAUAUCCAGAACAAACUUAGUUGGUCUCUAAGGUGCUGCUGGACAAUUUUUAAAUUUAUUUUGACUGUGUCAGACCAGCAUGGCUACCUACCUGAAUCUAGAUUCCUGGCACCUUGUGUGCGUGUAUUUUUGCAACUCAACUACCCUGCUGGCUGGCCUAGCUGUGUCUGCUCCUGCUUCCUGAGCAGCAGAAGUGCUUGCAUCAAGCUGGCCUUGAGAGAGAAAGGAAGUCCCUUCCAUCUGGUGUGGGGUUGAAGGGGCUUCCCGCCCCCCUCCCAUGCAAUGUGCUCUUCCAAGGUGUUUUCUCUCUCGUUGUGGUUAGAGGCUGUCCCCACUUUGGGGGCCCAGGGCAGGCCUCUGAUCCAUUAGCUGUGCCCAGAUCUCUCCGUGUGAAAAUAAUUGGUGGCAAAGAGAAAGGGCAACUGCAUCAGCGAGGGCCAGAGCAGAAGUAGGCUGAACUCACAGCAGGAGAGGGUUGGGAGGGUAUACAGUGGGACCGAGAGAUGUGGACCAUGGAAGAGGGAAGGUUGGGCUGCCCUUUGGAGCAGGCCAAGUCACUGGGUGGGGUUUGGGAAGCCAUGCAGCUGAGGAAAUGUGUAGAGGGGACCACUGGGAUUUGAGCCUAGAGUUGGGAGAACAGGAUUUGAAGGGAACAAAUAUCAAAGGCAAACCUUGUGCAGCCGCCAGGGUCCCACUCCUGCUAUCUAAAGCAUUGCAAUUGAACCCCCAGUACCUUGCCCUUAAAACCGUCUUGCAAGUGGAGAUUUCUGGCUCCCUUUGACUCUCUUUUCUGGCUCCCUCUGAGUCGCUUCUUCAUUUCUGGGAGAGUUUCCCCCAGCUCCAGCGUGGCUUGAGCUCGCAAGAGCUGUGGCAUGUGGGUGGUCUCUGUAGGUCUAGGGUGCAGUGUAUGGGGGCAGGGAGCUCUGCUGCUUUGGAGAACAAAAAAUCUCCAGACCAUCAAAGUGGCUAACUAAGAUCAGACCGUGCAGAGACAUAGCAUGAAAAAGCCCCGCCCUGCGUUUGCCCUGUAUGUAAUUUCUAACAACCCAAAGCCAUGCUGCUUCACUCUAAAUGUGUUGCUGGGCCGAGUAGGGCAUAGGGACGACACAUGGCAUACGCACAGAGGCGUGUUCCAGGAUUCAGCCCUGGCACUUAAUAAUGAAAUCUGGGCUUGAACUUUGGCACAAAGGAAACCCUGCCCGGGCUUCUAGGAAAUGGGGCGAAGGAGCCUGCUCAUCCCUUCUUCUGGGUCAUGUUCCCUGGCAGGAGCUGUGUGAGACAGCUGGGGGUGAAGGGGUGGGGUGGGGCUGAACAAUAACUUCUUUAUGUGGGGAGCCCCACCCUGGUGGGCCAGCAGCUGUCAAUGCACCAGCGCAUGUGGUCUGAGAAAUCCAGGCUCCAGAGAAAUCCAGUGGGGGCGGAGGAGGGGGGCACCUGGCCAGCUCCUGUAGCUCAAGGUCAUUGGGGUGAGACAGCCUGCCUACCUUUGUGGGGAGCAGUAAAUCCCCAGACAGGCAGCGCUUGCUUACUGGGCUGUGGGGCAUCCAUUCAAUCACCUGGCAGGAGCGACUCCUGAUUGAGAGCCACCAAAAGUGCUGAACAUGGCAGGAAAAAAACAGCUGGUGGAGGAAGGACAAAGGCCUCUCUCCCUCUCUCUGCGCUGGCUGGGUGGGGUGGAAAGUGCUGGCUCGGCUCUGGCGCUGCUGCUGCUGCUGCCUCCCAUCCACCUGUGACCUUCUACAGGACUGGCCCACCAGGGCAGUGGCGAAAUGGCCAGGCCACUGGCAGCCCUUCAGGAAGCAGCCCGGUCUGAAUUGUGCUUUCUGGAAUCGCCAGCUGUAGGGAUGCCACAUGUGGGCCUGCUUGGAAGCUGGUGCCCAAAGAGCUAGCGGGGGGGGGGUGUUCCUGGGCUACCAUGGGGGAAGUGUGGGGGGGGGGAGUGCUUAGAUGUGGGCCUUGGAUGAGAGUCAGCUGCCCGCAUUUUGGUUUUCCAUUGCCUUUGGAUUACAUUAGCCCAUGUGCUCUUUUGUAAGGCAUGCUCCCUGUUGCGCAGGUGCGGAUUGCAUUGGAGCGCAGGCCUGCAGAGGCUGUGGCCUAAUACUGGGGAAUCCAGAGCAAGUUGCGCGGGGGGACGGGACCCAGAGCUGUUAUCCGCCUGAUGACAGUUAGUCCUUCUUUUCUCUGAGAAUCCCUAAAUGCUCUCCCCAUCUUCAGGCCAAGCUUUGUUUUCCGGCCUUGCCCCUUCCACAAAGGAGGAGGUUUCAUGUGCUUCUUUCCUCCCUCCCCCUCCCCUUUGCGGAGGGUCUGGUGGUCCAAGCUGCCCCUCCCCCAUGCGGAGGCUGCUGGGGCCCAUUACUCGAUCAGAAAGGAAUUUGGUGCCGUUUUUCUGCACACGGGUUCCCUGGGGCUCGCGGUGCAUUAGAAACACAUGUGUAUGGGCCAGGGGCUGCACAAGGGGGGUGGCGCUGGGGGUGGGGGUCUGCUCCUCUCCCUUUCCACUCUAGGGCUGGGGGUGGGGGGCAGGCAGCAGGGAUUGGUGUCUUGUUCCUGCUCUGUCUGCAGAAACCUGGUGCUAUUGGUGGGCUAUGCAGCAGAUGCUUGCAGUGGCCCUGGCUGCGGACGGAUACUUGGUUGGUGGUUAAAACAUUUUUGUUGCCUGAUGCAUUCAGCCCUCCCUUAACUGCAGGCACUUGGGAUAAGCCGUAAGCCAUAAGUACAGAAGGCUUCCUUUUGGAAUUGUGGCCUGGUGGGAGAAGGUGUAGCGAGGGUGUCUCUUUAAACACAAGCUGGUCAUGUUUUGAGUAUUGUGUGCACGCGUGGUUUAUUUUUACUCAGAAACAGAAAAGUAAAAUUGAUGACUGCCGUGGAAUAGGUGAGCUCCCCCUCCUAAGUGGGUGUGGGUGGGUGUAACUUAUCUUCUUUUAGGAGAAUUUCAUGCCCCCUUUCACACUGCAGGCGUUAGGAAACUCUGGAGGUCAGUAAGGAUCCAGGUGCUCUUGGGUGCGGUUGGGUGGAAGUUCUUCUCUGCUGCUGCCACCUCUCAUUUCAGAACGUCUGGCUUGGGUAGCCCCUCAUUGCCCCACACUCCUCUCCUUUUGACUAGCCCAUGGUGGGAUGAUCCAGAGCAGAGGGUUAGGCCUUGCAGCUUCACUCGUACUAAGAAGCAUGCUGCAACCCACCAGCUCUGCAAGAGGAGUGAGGAUCAACACACAGAUCAUUGGACAAGAUCCUGGCACUACAAACUACAGAGCUGGCUGGGAGUGCAAGAGAGAAGGCAACCAGGGUGGUGUAGUGGUUAGAGUGUUGGACCAGGACCUGGGAGACGAGGGCUCAAAUCCCCCACUCGGCCACGAUGCUCACUGGGUGGCCUUAGAAGGGCCAACCACCAACUCUUCAGCCUAACCUACCUCAGAGGGUUAUUGUGAGGGUGGUAAGGGGAGAGCCAUGUACAUCACCUUAGGCUCCUUGCAAAGGUGGGGUAUAAACACAAUAAUAAAUAGCGGGAAGGGAAGCCGGGGCUCACCUGCCGCUUGCUGGUGGCAAUGGUGGGUUGUGCCGCUGGGAGGACCUCAGUGGGGCUCUGUUUAGUGAAAGAAAAACAGCUGCUGCUGAUCUCCUUCCAUUCCCACCCGUGGGGAGCAAUUAUAUUCCGGGGAGAAGUUGUAUGCAGCCCCUGCUAGCAGCCUAAUUGCUCGGUUUGGAGACGGGGAAUUCAGAGCUUUUCUGCCCCACUCGCAUGAUAGGGCUGCCAGACAUCCCUGUCAUUUGUGAAGGCCUCUAUCUCUUCCUGUCCGCUCAAGUUCAGAUGCCUGCAGGUGCCCUUGGAAAUGUUUGACUCCAGCUGCUAGCUUGGGGCAUGCUGCGGGGUGGGAUGGGGGGGCCAAACUAGCAGUGGCUAAAGACUACUAAAAUUAGCUACCCAUUGUUCGAAUGGAGGUGAGUGUGGGUGACUCUGCUUUUAGUGCUAGGCUUGGCUGCUCCACAAGGUCACCUGGGAAAAGGGGACACAGAGCCGCUCUGGAUUCACGCAGAUAGCUAACCAGUUAUCCGCUCCAUUCAUUCCAAAGGUACCAAUCGUGUUAUGCGGUUUCUCUGCCCAAUGCAAGGCAGCCCCCCUUCCCCACCAGAGGCCAUAGCUGGACAGUUCAGGCAGGAACACAACAUUUUGCAGUGUGGUGGGAAGGUUAGAGUGUUGCACUGAGACCUGGGAGACCCAGAUCUUCGCUUGACUGCAAUACUUUCCAGGCUGUGUUCGAAAUUCGCCAAGUGCAUUUUGCUACUGGUGCAGGCCCAGUUGCAACUACAGUACGUGGAGAUUUCUGGGUGCCAGUUUAAAAUCCUCCGCCUUAGUCCACAGUCAAUUCCAUUUCCACUGUGUUUCUCCUUCUUGCAUAGCGGGACGAGCAAAUUCUUGUAAGAGCAGAAGCUACUGUCAAGCAGAUGUAGUCGAGAUCAUAGAAUCGUAGUGUUGGAAAGGAUCUCAAGGGUCAUCUAGUCCAGCCCCCUUGCAAACAGACAUUCCAUUGCAGCAACCAUAGCCUAGAUUUAAGGUGCAAUUUGGUGCCUAGCUUAUCUCUCUGAGUUUCUAACACUCUUUCCAGGUGACCUUGGGCCGGCUUCUAGCCAUCAGCCCAAAGUGGGAAGGAAGGGGCACAUUCCCCAAGCUCCUUGUUAAAGGAAGGGAUGCGUAAAAACACAUUAGCUAAACUUCCACUCACUUUUUGUUGGAUGCCGUGAUGUAGAGAUCAAAGCAUCCUUCCUUCUCCCCCUCCCCUCCACUUUUCUGAUUUGGGCCAUUUUUCUCACUGUUUUGUUUUUUAACUGCUUCCCCUGCCCCCAUCUCCUUAGUGGAAGCAUUGUGGCCAUCCUUGAUGCUGCUGCUGCUAUAGCAUGACAAACCCCGCUGCCAAGGAUAUAGACAUUUCGUUAGAUUCCAGAAAGUCUAUUUGUGGCUCUUUCUAUUUUUAUUUGCUUUUUUAAAAAAAAACACACACACACAUAAGGGUGCACAUGCAUUUCAGCCCUAAGCAGAGGCAGCGUGCAGUAGUCAUAUCUUAGUGAGAAGGGGUGGGGGUUAAAUAAAAAGACAAAACCAUUCAGUUGGAAAUGGUGGGUAAUGUCUGCAAUGGAGAGGAGAGAAGGGAUGCAGGUUUCCUGUUUCCUUCCUCCCAGACUGUAAAAGUAUAGCAAGCACUCCCUGCUGCAUUGGCACAGGGCGUUUUGCAUCUGUAGAAGUGAAAAAAAUAAAAAAAAUAAAAAAAAUAUAAAGCAAGUAAUUUGUUUUUUAAAAAAUAGAAUACCAAGUGUUCUUGCUUGGGCUCUGAGGAUGUCUCAUGGUCCUUUGGCAGCUUGUCCUCAAAUUCCUGUGAGCUGGUUUCUACUUCCCUGCCUCCUGUGUCAAGAAAACACCCUUUCCCAGCUACUUAGAGGGGCAAGCAAGGGACACCAGUUCUGUAAGUAGUAAAGGUAAAGGGACCCCUGACCAUUAGGUCCAGUCGUGACCGACUCUGGGGUUGCGGUGCUCAUCUCACUUUACUGGCUGAGGGAACCGGCGUACAGCUUCCAGGUCAUGUGGCCAGCAUGACUAAGCCGCUUCUGGCAAACCAGAGCAGUGCAUGGAAAUGCCGUUUACCUUCCCUCCAGAGCGGUACCUAUUUAUCUACUUGCACUUUGACGUGCUUUCAAACUGCUAGGUAGUAAGGCCCUCCAAAAUUGAUAAGCCCAUGUCAGUCCCCCCCCCAAAAAAAAGUUUCAAAAACAAAUGUUUACUGUUUACUGUUGCUAGACAGAACACUAGGCCAGAUACCAGCUUGGUGAGACCAUUUCUAGAAAGCAGAACUGGGUAAUGCCAUUUUUAGAAAGUAAGCCCAGUUCAAACACUAGGCUCUGUCCUAAAAAGCUGAUGCCUUCCCUGUGUCCUCAUUCUCAAGCUAAUUCAAGAUGAAGGAUACCAGAACCUGCCUUUCUCUUUGUUCCAGCACAACCCUUCUGCUUUGUCCAUUCUUCUGAAGUUUUGAUGGUUCUACCAAAUUUUAGUUUCUAAACUGUUUGCCUCACUGUGUGCUAAUCUUCCUCCUGCUUCUCCUCCAAUACACAUUUCAGCCAAGGUAAAGCGGGUGGGUUGUUAGCCCAGCCCUUCUGCCCCUAGAUGCCUUUGUUGGCACUGAGACUUCCUGGAUAAGGAAAUAACUCAUUUAAUCCACCUUUCCAAACUGGGUUACUGCCUGGAUAACAGGGUUGGGUUUUCUCGUUUGUGUUCUGGAGGAUGACACAAGUACACAGUGUGGAGUCCAGCAUAUAAUGAGGAGUGCAAUAGAUCAUGUCAUGGGCGGUAACUAAUCACUUCCCCCGCUACUCCUGCAGCAGCCACCAAACGCACAGUACUUUCCAGUGCAGUCAGUGUGCUUCCCCGGGAAAAGAAUCUCAGAUUCGUAGCAGUUGAACUGAGUGGGUUGAGUUCUGGGGAACCACAAUUCUUCCCUACUUUCAGUAAGAGAUACUCUCGCUGGGGCGACAUCAUCUGGCAGGAGCCCAGUAAAUUAGUAAGCAGAACUCGUUACCCUUCUGAAAACCACAUUGUCUGGAAAGCCCCUAAAUCCUCUUGCUUUCUGAUGCGCUCCCACCCCGAGCUGCCCUGCCAGCCCCCGACCGUUGUUUCUUCAUUCUGCAAUGCCACAUGCGUCGACGUGCUCUUUGUCGGCGUUUAGCUGCCUAUGUUGGUUCAGCCUCAUUGUUACCCUCAAAACGGCAGCGACUUCACGGCUGCGAGGACAUUCCGCCCAACUAAUCUCUGGCUUUUGAUUCCAUGUUUGUGUGUGUAACAUAUAGUAUAAUUUGCGGGCUAUAUAUAUCUCAUUUGUAAGCUGGAGGCCAACAUGAAAUAAUACGGCCCAGGCUGAGGUUGAAGGUGUUCUUUCCUCUUCUCGAUGGGCUGUGAGGAAGGUGAGUUGCCCCCCCAGAUUGCCGUGGACUGUCUUUCGCAGUGCUGGACCUUCCGUGAGCCCUGGAACCGCAAUCACGUAAUUUCCCUAAGGAACCUGCUUUCAUAGGGAGUGUGUCCAGAUUCCAAGAGGAAUCAGCAAUGUGCAUGCGAGCUAAUGAAUUCUCCAGGGAGAGAAUAAUUCAUGCUGAUAAACCCUGAGCACAGAUUGAUGUGGUCCCCAUCUCCUAAGCCAUAUAAAUCUAGGUAAGAACCCCACAGCCAUUUUCUCACUUGCUGUUGACGCUGGCGAAUAUCCGCAGGGCCCCCAUUAGGAUGCUAGAGGUUCCUGAGCAUCAGAAUACCCCUAUAGUUCCUUAACCAGUGAGAUAUAACUAUACAGGACAGCUAUUAUACAGGAAAUCAAGGACAUCCUCGUUGCCUUUUCCUAGCUCCCUCAGCCCUUGUUGGCCUCCAGUCCCUGGCAUCUUUCCCAUCUUGCCUCCUUCUGGAGCUGGCUUUGAGUAUCCUGGCAUGUUUGCUGGCGCUGCCUCAGCGCCUGCGUGGCCUGGGCCAGUAAGACAUGUGCCCACCAAGGGGGACUAGAGUUCACAUCCUGCCUUUGUCGCUUGCUGGGCCCAGAGGUGUGCCUGAUCACAAGGUCUUCUCCGAAAGCAGCUGCAGCUACGUUCCCGGAAAGAGCCUGGUCCUGAGCUGCCAAUUAGCGGAUUUGGCUUUUUGGAUUAGAGUCAAUCUCAUUUGUGCCAUUAUCUGUGUCCGGCUCCCUGCAGUGUGGCUGUUGCCUUGCCUAGCCAGCCAUGGGAAGGGUGCUGCUUGGCACCAUGCCUUUCCACUAUGGGGAUGGUGGCUGUACGGCCCUUGCAGGAUAAAUUGGGUUUGGUGUGAGCCAGAAGCUUAGCAUCCCACUAUUAAGCUGCGUUAUAUGUUGACACCUCUUCUUCAGUCCUCUGCUAUUCCCACUUGGGCAGCUUUGUUGCUCCUUUUCCAUGCCAGUCCCUGCCCCUGCUGUGCCACCCACAGCUCUCUCCCCAGAGUUCUUCCAGGGAGGCAUGAGAUUUGCAGAGGAUGGCCAUAAGUGUGUUAGGUUCUCUUGCCAGUGGUUAAACUCAUUAGAUUUUCUUGUCUUCAUACAUGAGGGACUGAGAAGGGAUUGUCCAUAGCUUGUUUCCCUUCUGUCCUGGCUUGGGCUGGGUGCAGUGCCCAGCUAACACAGAAAUGCUUAGCCAGCACAUUCUCCUUCCAGUGCGCUAGUUGGUGCUGCUGCAGCUCUUCUGGUGCAUUCACUGAAGGUGGGGAGAAGAGCAAUGGGGCGUUGCGCCUUUUCCAACAGCACUAGCACAUUCUUGUUCCUGGAUGGGAAGCACCCACCAACUCUGAAGGCUUUGGAUCAUGGAUGGGGAACAUGAGGGCCUUCCAAAUGUUCCGGGACUCCAACUCCCAUCAGCCUCGGCCAGAAUCACCAAUGGUCAUGGUUGAUGAGAGUUGGAGUCCAGGAACAUCUAGGCAGCCACAGGGUGCCACCCCAUGGUUCAGUUGCUACAGUUUGGGGGUAGGUCUUCUAUAGCCCCCUCUCUAUAUAGGUUGCGCCUGGAGAUUUCCCUGUGAAUCUGGUCAAAGGUGGAGCUUAUAGACACAACACAUUACUUCAACAAAAACCUGUUUCUCAGAUGUGCAUUUGCAAAGGUAAUGCAGAGGGAGCUACAGUGGUACCUCAGGUUACGUAUGCUUCAGGUUACGGACGCUUCAGGUUACAGACUCCGCUAACCCAGAAAUAGUACCUCGAGUUAAGAACUUUGCUUCAGGAUGAGAACAGAAAUCGUGCUCUGGGGGCGUGGUGGCAGCAGGAGGCUCCAUUAUCUAAAGUGGUGCUUCAGGUUAAGAACAGUUUCAGGUUAAGAAUGGACCUCCGGAACGAAUUAAGUACUUAACCCGAGGUACCACUGUAUUUGUAAGGGAGAAACAGCUGGGGGGUGGAGGUGCCGAACGCUAACUGAAGAUGCUAAUUUCUCCCUAUAUAUACCCUGGGGUGCAGGAUGGGUUGUUUUUCUUCCAGCUGAUUUUCUAGCCUCUGAUAUGGAGGAAAAAGCGGGGGGGGAAACUGUUGGGGGCAGGGGCAGAACUGGCUCGCGUCGAGUUGGCACUGAAACACCAGUUUGCAAUGGAGCAGUGAUGUUGACCCCUACCAAUUCUUCCCUGAAAAUGCCCCUACCUCCUGAAAAUGAAUGUUACAGGGCAGAGACCCCGGUGUUUGCCUUGCAGUGGGUAGUUUCACUCUAAAUUGCUUCGCAGCGUCUCGCAGCGGAUGGUGCUAUGUGCGCUUGAUACCAAAGAGGUAUAAAUUAUAUUGCGUGGAAAAUAAAUUAUGCAAAUCAAACUAUUUACAUUCUUCUAUUUUGCAUAGUUCCCCUUCUGCAAUGAGCAAGUUCUGAAAAGGAUUUAGAGUCCUCGGGCAAGAGCUCGGGUGGCAGAAAACAGAAGUGGGAAGGGAUCUGAGAGAAGGGGGAACGGGGGGCUUGGAGCGGGUGGGCAGAGCGCAAGGAGGUAGGUGGCGCCAUUUUGAUAUCCUGCACACACCACUAAUCAGCAGAAGUGCAGCCUGACUAUGAAUAUCAGACUCUGCCGACAUCAUUCCAAACGCGUGUCUACAAUAAUGAGAGCUAGAAUCUUUUGUUAUUCUUAAAAAGCAGCUUGCUGGCAAAUUCUGCAUAUGUGCAGAAUGCACAUUAUGCUCUCGUACCCAGAGUUUACAAAACCCAGUAUCCCAGUGAUGGGGUGGUUUUGCUACAUGAAGCAGAGCCAAGUGCUGUGUGCACACAUAUGCCUUCUUUGUUUUGGGUCUAACAUCUUAAAAUGUCCUGCUGAUGAACCAUUCAUCAGUUCCUGCUUUCAUCAGCCAUCACCACCAUGGCAGAAGCUGAUCACCCUUCUGCAUAGCAGGGUUUGCCUUGGGUAUAUAGAUGCAGGAAUGUUGAAGGGCAAACCAGAGUGCUAUAUAGCUCCUGGUGCAUUUCCUGUUUUUUUCCGACAGGUCUGAACUUACUUGCAACAGUAAUCACAAGCAGGAGAGAAACUGACAAAACCAUUUAAAGCUGGGUUAGGGAACCAGACUCCAGGGGAUGGCGUGUGGUCCUUGCCCUGAUUUCAGGCAGCCUUCAGCAUCCUCCAGCCCUUCUGCCUCCUGAAGCCCCUCUUCUGUUCUCCAGCACACCGUCCAUCUGUCCGCCCCCCAUGGCAUAAAAACCCUGGCAUUGCUUCUGCGUUGGGAAAGGUAGAGUGGGAAUGGUGUGGUACAAAAAGAGUGCUAUGCCUUCCUGCAGACCCCACCCCUCUUGAUGAUGGCUCUGCCCAUCAUUGGCUGUGGCCCCUGUUUGACUUUGCAUGUGACCCAAUGAACCGACAUCAGAAGAAGGUUCCCCACCUCUGAUUUAAAGUAAUGCAUUGGGCAGGCAAAUCAUAUUGGGUCUCUGCUCUCCAUGUCCCAAUUGCAGAUGUUCCACACUGUUUGUACUAUGCAGGAAGCUGGUAAAGUUUCCAGAAGGCAGACUAUUGACAUUCUGGCACAGGAUCUAGUCAAAGAGACAUGCAAAAUUAGGGCACUUUCUGUUUAGAAAACAAAAAGGGUUUGUUUGGUUUUUUUUUUUUUAAAAAUUGCUGACAGUUGUAUAAUUUAUCAAGUUUUUGUGUCCCACUUUUCCUCCAAGAAACUUCAUGUACAGUAGAGGCAGGUCCAUAAGAGUGAAUAGGGCAUUGCCCCACUAAUCUCAGUCUGGUCUCAACCAGACCCCAAAGCUCUGGUUCCAUCUACUGUUGACCACCUGUCCUUUGCCCUACCCAUCUCGAUGGGCAUCCGCCUCCAUUGUCAGUGUGGUGUUAUGGAAGGUUAUCCUAUUUAAUCCCCUGAGGUGGAUAAACAGUGGCCAACCCCAAUUUGCUUAGGAUAAUAUGAUGAUAAAUAACAGAACAGUGUAGUUCAGCCUUGCCAACCCUGGCACCCUCCAGAUGUUUUAGACUACAAUUCACAUCAGCUCAAGCCACAGUGGCUGAUUGGAGUUGUAGUCCAAAACAUCUGGAGGGUGUCAGGGUUGGCAAGGCUUGUAUAGUCUCUGAAAUUCUUGUUAUCUUAGGGUAUAAAGUGAAAACCAGUGUGGUAGCAUAGGGGGUUGAGUGCUGGGCUUGGAUAAAGGAGACCUGGGUUCAAAUCCAUAUCCAGCCAAGCAGCUCAUUGGAUGGCCUUUAGACAAGCAUCCUUACUUGGUCUGCAGUGUCUCCACAAAUUCAUUAAUGAGGAUAGCACUAGAUAGCUCACAUAUAGGCUGCAUGAGCUCCUUAGAGCAGAGUUGUGGAAUCUCUGACCAUUCUUGACACACCAAGGGUUCCAUUUUGAUGCCAAGUCAAUCAGCAGAUACCACUCAUUGACACCAACUGAUAAGCAGAAGGAUAGGGUUUAAUUCUGCAAUGGCUGAGCAGUUGCCCCUGCAUGGCUAAGUGAAGGGGUUUGCCUUUAAAUCCCUUCUAAAACAAAAAGAGGGGUAGAGAAUUAGCUACAUGUUGCUGCUUCCAAGGUGAAAUCCUGACUUGGAUGCUCCAAAGCACCAAAUCACCCAAUGACAUACAAUUGACAGGUGGGCAGCCCCAUAGAGCCAAAAAGGUUAUCCAGCUCUGCCUUAGAGCAGAGGUUUUCAACCUUUUUGAGUCCACAGCUCCCUUGACCAACUACAUUCUUUCUGUGGCACCCCUGUGGGGCUCAGGAGCCCAGUGAUGUCACCCCUGCAGAACUGGUGGUCUCUUGCUCUUUUUUGAACACCCUUCCUUGUGGAGUGCUCCCUCAGCCUCCUCCCCUCGCCUUGGGAGGCUUCUGAGCAGCUGCUGCUGCUGCCCCUGGUCUGGGAGCUGCCGCCCCAAAGAGAGGUGCCUCCUCACACUGCCCCACAGGGGCCUAGGAAGAGGAUGGCCCCAGCCUUACUGGCCCAACGGAGACUGGCCAAAGGUGAAUGUGAGGCCAGCACCUUACCUUGGGAGGCAGCAGUGGGCGCUGCUGGGCCUGCCUGGCGGAAAGGCUCCCCUUCAGCACUGGGCGCUCAGCUCCCAGACAGGCCUUGCAAACAGCAAGCACAAGAAAGGCCAGUGCCUGCCCGCCCUGCCUGCCUGCCACUAGUCUGUCCAUUUCCAACAGCAAGAGCUCGCUGGGCUCCCUCGUCCGCUUGCUUGCUUAACUCCACCUCAGCUCCUUGCAACCAGCAUCCCCUGGCCAGCCCCAGAGGCACCAUUCAUCCCUAGCCACUGGCUCAGCUAUCUGGGGAUGAUGGGAGUUGGAGUCCAACAACAAAUAGGCACCCAAGGUUGAAGAAUACUGCUCUAUAUCAGAAAGCCAUGGCCCCCUCCUGUCGGAAUGAGACAGAUAGAUAAAUAAAUUCAGUGUAUGCUUCAUGUGACUCCAUGUCUGCAUAAGCCAUAGUUACCAGACGUCCUUUGUUUCAAGAGAUGACCUUUAUAUCAGAGCAUCAUAGCUGUAUUGAACAGCAUAGCAUUGGCACGACAGUCCCCAAGUCUCUUCUCUUGCCUCUUAAAAAAAAUCCUUUGGCAAAUCAAUUGCAAUACUGUUUAUAACAUCAUUCUCAUUUAAUCUCAUCCAAACAUUUGAGUGUCCCUUCAGGUUGUUUGGGUAAAAAUAUGCUAUUCUAAGAACCAACAGGCAGCUUACUUUUAGCUGACGUGGGUGCUUUCAGCACACAGAUGAACUGUCUAACCAUUUGCUGUACGAAAGGCAGCAAUAGCCAGUAAUAAAACUCUGCUUAUAAUGCUAUGAAAUGCUGAUGGCUUUGGAAAGCUAAAAAGACCCAUAGGCAAAUAUUCCUUCCCAAUUUUAUGAAAUCUAUGGGUGCCCUCUUUCAUCCAGCUCCACAGAUGUGUAGAAAAAGCUUAAGAAUUGGGUUUCUUUUUCUGUAGGUUUCUUUCCAACACCCCCUUAAUAUACAUGUAGUAUGAGCUUAAGAAUAGUAUUCUUCCUCUCUCCCCCCCCCCCAUCAAUUUGGCUGAAGGUACAGUCAAACAACAGAUGUCAUGUUUUUUCCAGUUUGGUCACAGUAAAAAGUAAAGGACCCUUGGAUGGAUAAGUCCAGUCAAAGGUGACUAUGGGGUUGCAGCACUCAUCUCGCUUUCAGACUGAGGGAGCUGACGUUUCUCCACAGACAGCUUUCCAGGUCAUGUGGCCAGCAUAACUAAACCGCUUCUGGUGCAACAGAACACCGUGAUGGAAGCCAGAACACACGGAAACGCCGUUUACUUUCCGGCAGCAGCGAUACCUAUUUAUCUACUUGCACUGGUGUGCUUUCGAACUGAUAGGUUGGCAGGAGUUGGGACAGAGCAACGGGAGCACACUCCAUUGCAGGGAUUCGAACCGCUAACCUUCUGAUCGGCAAGCCCAGGAGGCUCAGUGGUUUAGACCACAGCGCCACCCGCGUCACAGUAAACCCCCCCCCCCCCGAGUCAUGAAAUAAAAAUGCUGAGCAUCCUCUAUUCUUACUAUGGCAAAAUAAAGACCUACCAAUCAGCAACCUCAGCCCAGGUACAAGACCAGAUGUAAUCAAUGGGAAAAGCCCCAGGGAGGGGCAAAGCUUACUCCAAGGAACAUGGCAGCAUCAGGCACAGUGACUGGGGAAAAGAAGUAAGAAGGCAGGCUUGUAGUUUCAACAUUAAUGAAUCAGGCCACAGGCCUAUCUGGACCAGCAGCCUAUUCCCCACAAUGGCCAACCAGAUGCCUCUGGGAAGCCCUCAAGCAGCACAUGAGCACAACAGCCUUUGCCCACCCAUUUUCCUCAGCAACUUUAGAGUCAAUUUAGCAUUAGAAAUUGGGAUAGAAAAGCUAGGAUGACUCCUGGAACCUGGGUUGUGGGCGCCAAAACAGAAUGUCGUCACCUUUGGGGGUGGGGGCGGCAACACCUUUUAUUUAUUAUUUUGAUAAGCAUUAAGUAAAGCACAAGUCACAUAAGUGACACCUUGUUAAUAUCAUAUGUUUAACAUAAAUUGUUAAUACAUGUCUAAUUUGGUGUUUAAAUAAAAAUAUUGGUACCAUACUUCAGUUUUCAAAAUAUUCUACUUUUUAUUGUUAAACUCCUUAACAUAUUGCCUAUCCUUAACAUAAGCUUCAAAGCACAUACAUUUCAGUAAUCCUUGAGUGUCAGCCAGGCACAAAAAAACGGCACCCAGACUUUUUGAGGUGCUCGCAAAUGGAGAAUCUUUAGGUGCAAAAUGCGCCUGGCUCCCUGCUAAUUUUGAACCCUGAGAGUCAUACUGCCUCUAAUACUGGAUCCCAUUGGUAGCCCUAUCGCCCAUGAAUUUGUCAAUUCCCCCUUCAAAGUUGGUGGUUGUCACCACAUGCUGCGAAUCCCACAGUUUACCCAUGCGCUGUGUGAAUCAGAACUUUGCUUUUGUCUACCUGAGCCGCCUAGCCUUCUGCUUCAUUGGGUGGCCCCGAGUUCUAAUAUUACAAGAGGUGGAGAAGCUCUUUCUCCACAGCAUGCAUGAUUGUAUGCCCCUUCAUCCCGUUACACCCCCACCCUCUGCUUACUCCCUUGAUCUAGCCAAAAUGUGUGUGAACGUGAGAUGAGGAGGUUCGGGGCAGGGCUCCAGCCUCUCUUGGCAACUGUUCACUCCCCUCUAUCGAAGGCAGUCAUAUGCUGCGAAGGAGGUGUCAUCUGGUGGGGUCUCUCUCCUGUCAGUGGGUUGGAGGUAGGGGCUUUGCCUGGUUGUGGCAGGCAGCCCAAGAGCUGCAUUCUUUUCUGUGGACCCUUCCAAGGCCUACAUGCCAGCAGUAGGCAGUUUAUUGUGUGGAAACUACAAAAGUAAACACAUCCGACUUUAUUCUCUGUCCAGGCAAGCAGGAGGUGUUAUCAGCACGCAAGGACACAUCUCUGCCAGGCAAAAAACACACUGGGGGUGCAGAAGGACCAGAAGGAGAGGCCUAGAGGGCUGCAUUUGGCCCACAGGCGUGAAGUUCCUCACACCUCCUGAUAGGUUGAGGGUGUUGUGGAAAACUAAAAAGGUGACUGUAUUCAGGUGCUUGGUGCUGUGCCUGAUAGUCUUUAAGGCGAGGGCUCAUAAGCAGUAAUCAGAAAGAGGCCUUACCAGGCCGCUAGACCCUGGCAGGAUGCCAGGUGCUAAUGGCAGCCUUGCUCCCUCCUCCGAUAUCAAAGGACUAGACUUAGCGCAAAGAAACAAAGAGAUAAACCGAUGGUGUAAGCAACUUCUGCUAUAGCCAAUAUUGUGAUGAGAUGCGGCUGUGGAAGGUUUGGGGCCAGGGAGUAAAGGCAACCAGUUCAUGUUGGGAGUUGAGAACAUGUUGGAUGAGGCCAACAGGCCCAUCUAGUCCAGCACCCUGUCCUUGCAUGCCUGCCAGGGGGAGCCCUCUGCCCACCUGCGAUUCCGGGCAACCAGCAUCCUUCCUCCUGCCGGCGGAGUUCCCCUUCUGACUCUAGCAGGAUUCUGGCCCAAGGAACCGAGGUCAUAUGGCGCCCUGGCCUUUACUGGAAUGCAAACAGCCAAAGAAUUUGGCAGGUCAGCAAAUGGAGCACAUGAUGCCCAGGAAGAGACACAACUCAGCAAACUCCCACUGUAAGCUGUGGAAAGGCCGGGCAGGGAAGGCACCUCCCAAUUUGCCAUGAGAGGGUGGCGGUGGGUGCGCACGGGAGGAGCAGCAUUUGGGGCCAGCUGCCAGCGAAUACCUCCCCCCUCCCUCCCACCCCCACCCCCACCACUCAGCCUCCCCUGUAAAUCACCUCCUUCCUCAUAUGAACUGUGUCCCAGCUGGAUGGCAGCGUGGUUGCCAUGGUGACACAGAGAUGCUGGUUGCUUUGAUAAGCUGAGGGAGUCCCCCCCCCCUUCGGUCUCUUCGCCCACACAACCUGGACCAAUUCUCCGUGCUCCUUCCUUCCCCCUUCACAUGAGGUCUCGAAAUGAGGUUGCGAAGAGAACAGAACCCCCAUGUGCUCUCGGCUAGGGUGUGAAAGCCUUUGGUUCUGAUUUCUGCUGGCUGAUUGGCAAAGGAUGGAGGGAAUGGCUAUACCCCGCCAGAGAUGGAAGAGAGGGUGGUAUCUUGGAGACGGUUUCCAUGGAGGCCCCUUCACACAAGCCCUGAUGGCUCAUUGAUAUGCUGCUACUGCUGCUUUAAUUUCACUAUUUCUCCCUCUCCGCCUCUUAACACCCCACCCCACUCCACCCCUCACAUUCUUAUUGGGCAGCAGGCAGUUCACUGCCAGAAGCGUGAGUGGGUCUUACUCCCCAGGUGGGGUGAGGCCUCUGCUGCAGCAGCGCAUUCAUUUCUCCCCAUUUAGCAGAAGCUCCUCCCUCAGCCUUUUGCAUGUGGCCUGCGGGCACAUGCAGCAUGGAGGAGACAAGGGGAUAUGGGUGGAGGGGAUCUCUCUCACUUGAGCACAAAGCACCUGGAACUGAUACCAGCGAAGCAUCUUUCUUGCGCAUCAACGAAAGAGAGGACAAAGGCAGGUGCUGAUUUGCAUUUUUAAAAACCAUGUUCUAAUAGUUUUGUAGGGAAGCAAAUUUAGAAGUAAUUCAGUACAAUUUGAAUAGAAAUACAAUACAGGCGACUCCCCAUUUACGCAGGGGUUACGUUCCGAGGCACCACGCAUUUAAGUGCAAUUGUGUAAUGAGAACACAAUUGAAAAAGCCUGCAAAUGAACGCCACAAUCGCUCCCUCCAAACCUUGCUCAAGCUCCCCACAGGCCUCGAUGCAAAGGCUUGUGGGGUUCCUAAGCACUGUUUUGUGCCAUUUUUGUGCUUCUUUAGGGCUAUUUUUGCCCCUUUUGUGCCACUUCUGUGUUUGCGGUGAUUGUGCCUGCCCAGAGACAUAGUGCAGGGGGUGGGGCACACUGGGCACCACACCACGGGAAGUAGCACUUACCAUGGAGCCUGCAGCGCGCCCGAGCUACACAUCUCUCCUGGGAGUGGCGCGGUGGCUCAGGCACCUGCAGGCUCCGCGCUGCCCAAAAAAGGAGCAUGGGCCUGCUGGGCACAGGAGCAGAACAUGGCUUGGGCUCUGGGAUUCUGGCGCACCCUGCCCCAUCCCAUCCCGCGGGCACCACACCCACCCACAUACCAUCUCGGGACUCUUUUGUCUUUCAACCAGACCUAGACAUAAUGACCUUUCUAGCAGAGGGUCCCCUCAAACAGAAGACUGUCCCCCGUAAUGUAGGAGAUGUUGAACACCCUCUUUUCAUUGCUCUUCCCUGUUGUUCCUCUUCUGGAAGUGAAGUUGGGGCAGAUGUACCAGCUGAAACCUUGGGGAGCGCCUCUCCUUAUCACAGCAUUGCCAGACAGAAUGUAAAACAAAAAGGGCGGGCAGGGUGGGGGCUUUGUUCUGGGCAGGCUGGAGGAGCAGCCGUGUUCUAGAAAUGCUUGCUCUACAUCAUGGGUAGGCAAACUAAGGCCCGUGGGCCGGAUCCGGCCCAAUUGCCUUCUGAAUCCAGCCCACGGACAGUCCAGGAAUCAAGUGUGUUUUUACAUGAGUAGAAUGUGUGCUUUUAUUUAAAAUUCAUCUCUAGGUUAUUUGUGGGGCAUAGGAAUUCGUUCAUUUUUUUAUUUCAAAAUUUAGUCCGGCCCCCCACAAGGUCUGAGGGACCUGCUGAAAAAGUUUGCUGACCCCUGCAGUCUACAUCAUGUUGCGGGGGACUGGACAUUGCAGCACAUGCUGCAAGAACCCACUAGGGGCCGCUUGUCUGUGGAGACUGAGCCACCAGUGUAGGGAACUUGCCUACCUUGGUGAUAUCAAAUAUGGCAGCCUGCUUGCUUCACCUACACAAGUUGACAGGAAGAACUGAGAGCCCAGCCAGAUCCUGCAUGCACAGGCCAGUCCUGGGUUGCAUCUGUUUGGGUGAGGAACUUUAGGCCCCAUGGCUAAAUGCAACUCUUCUAGGCUUCUGUAUGUGGCCCUUGUAGCUCUCCCUAUGCCCUCACUGGCCCCCCUUCCCACCCAAGGACUUUUGUCUGGCUGGAAUGAGUCCUUGAAGCCUGAAUGAGCGCCUCUUGCUAGUCUGGGAUGUGUGUGUAGAAACAGGCAACCAAAGUGACCAGGAGGAUGGAGAAACUCCCAAAUAAGGAAAGAUUACAACAUUUGGGUCUUGGGCUCUUUAGCUCUUUAGUGGCAGAAAGUUCAGAACAGACAAAAGGUCUGAUUCAGCAGAGCUUUUCUUAGGAAAUCUACUGAAAAUAGUUUAAUUCAAAUGACUCUAUGUCUGUGCAUGCACACAAACCAAAUAUAACCCAUCUGGGAAUCGCACAUGAGACAGGCAGUUUGCUGUUGCUCAAGGGCAUUUUAAAUUUAUCUGCUCCAGGCGUGCUCCAGGAGGCCUGGUCCUCUGAGGGUGCCUGCUGCCCAAUAUACAUGGUGCUUUCUACAAAUAAUUCUCAAGUUUGUGGAAUGUGCCUCUUUGGGGGACAAGUGGAAGGAAGAACAAAGUUUCAGGGGUGAUAGAAUAGGAUCCCAGAGCAUGCUGUGGAUCUUCCCUCACUAACCAAGACACUGGUAGAUGUAUCACCCUAUGACAGUGAACAUCAUCUUGGAUUUGUGUGGGUGACCCCAUCAUUACUUCCCCAUGACUCCAAACAUGAUUUGGAUUUGGAAGGAAGCAAGUUUGGAAAUAUCUGUUGGUUGCUUUCUGUUUCCUGGGGCACGGCUUUCAGAGGGGUUGAAAUAUAUUAUGUUGUAAUGCAAGAUCUAGACUUUCUCUGGAAUGAGAGGCAUUCUCUGGACAUGGCAUUGUUGUCCUUUACUCAGGACUGUGUUUAUUGUGCAUCAUGUGCAGUAAAGGUAAAGGUAAAGGGACCCCUGACCAUUAGGUCCAGUCGUGGCCGACUCUGGGGUUGCGGCACUCAUCUCGCUUUAUUGGCCAAGAGAGCUGUCGUACAGCUUCCGGGUCAUGUGGCCAGCAUGACUAAGCCGCUUCUGCCGAACCAGAGCAGCGCACGGAAACACCGUUUACCUUCCCACCAGAGUGGUACCUAUUUAUCUACUUGCACUUUUACGUGCUUUCGAACUGCUAGGUUGGCAGGAGCAGGGACCGAGCAACGGGAGCUCACCCUGUUGUGGGGAUUCGAACCGCCGACCUUCCGACCGGCAAGCCCUAGGCUCUGUGGUUUAACCCACAGCGCCACCUGCAUCAUGUGCAAGCACCACACAAAUACAGAAUUCAUCAUCCUGAGGGUCAACUUUCAUUUUAUUAAAAUAGUAUUUAUUGUGUUGGUCUAUAGACCAUACCAGGAAACCUACGUUUUAUUUUAAAAAUCAAGUUUGUAGACCUUGGGGGCUAAGAAGAGUGUGUAUCUAUCCCACCAAGAUCUUUGAAGCCCCACACCGCAGUGACUACGUGGUUGGGCUUUGUGGUUCUGUUCCUCUCCCUGCUACUCGAGGGCUACAGGAGCAGAACCAGUUCGGUAAAAUAAGCCAACAUGUGCAAAUCUGCUAGCCUCCAAUUUUACCUAGCACUAUGUCUGCAUUUCCUGGAUGCAGGAGUUGGAUAGUGAAGGAUUUGUGCGGUCCUGCCCUUAUCUGUACAUGCUUCUCCUAACCUGUUUGUGUGAUUCUCUGACUUGCAGGGCUUUGUACACUUACGAAGAUGACUCCGAUAACCUGAAACUGGCUGCUUCGGGAAGUGAGUAUUCCUGUCCCUGCCCUUGCCUCCUUGCUGGGCAACCUUAUGUUGCUUAGCUGAUCCAGUCCUGGCAGUUCUCAGUGCUCCACCAAACUUCCUCCUCCUAAAACAAAAAUCCCUUUUUUCCUUUUUUUCUUUUUAAAAUAUAUUUUUAUUAAGUUUUACAUAACAAAUUCAAACACAUCAUUCACCUCUUCAAUUAGGAUUCUCUGAAUCCCUUGACUUCCCUCCACCCUUCCAUGGUUACCAUUAUCAAUCUUUUUUCUCCCUUCUGCUUAUCUUAUUUUCUUUAAUUUGUUAAAAAAAUAGUAAUUCGUUUUUCCAUAGUUUUUUGUACAUUACAAGCAUUACUCAAAUCCCACCAAAGUUUAUAGUUGUUUACAGUGUUCUCUUAAGUACAUUGUAAUUUUUUCCCAUUCCUUCUUAAAAUUCUUCUCUUCCUGGUUUCUGAUUUUCCCAGUCAGUUUCGCCAUUUCGGCCUAGUCCAUCAUCUUCAUCAGCCAUUCCUCUCUGGUUGGAACUUUGUCUUCUUUUCAUCUCUGGGCCAGUAGUAUCCUCGCUGCUGUCGUCGCAUACAUGAAUAGACGACAACUAAAAAUCCCAUUUUUUUCAACAGGGUUAGAGUUGAAGUGGCAUGGGGUGGGGAGGUAAAUGGCCAUGAGCAGUGGCAAGGGCACACCCCGUAAAUUGAGAGAUUAGUCCCUUUUAUCAUGUGUUCCUCUAUCUACCCACCUGAAGGGCCGAAGUUCAGUGCUGUAUCAUCUGCUCUGCAUGCAGAGGUUUUUGGCGCAGUCCCUGGCAUCUCUAGAUACAAAGAUUCCCUGCUUGAAACCCCAGAGAGCCUUCUCCAAUCUGCGCAGACCAUACCGAGAUAGAUGAACCAAUGCCCUGGCUCUGUGAAAGGCAGUGCCCUAUCAUGUCCCUAAGGGAAAGAGCGGUGUGGUCUGUGUCCAAUAAAAUCUGUCUCUUUGCUUCUUCAGCUGGCGGCCUACAAGAACUCUCCAGCCAUUUUGAGAACCAGAAAGUGAUGUACGGAUUCUGCAGUGUCAAAGACCCUCAGGCCACCCUCCCUAAAUAUGUCCUCAUUAACUGGGUAAGUCCAAGAAGAGUCUGGGAGGCAGCUUGCUCUGUGCUGAAGGGGAGCAAAAGUUGACUGGGCCACACAAAAAGAGGACCUUGGUACUGCAUGGGAAGGGAACGUUCCACCAGUUACAGCUUUUCCUCCCACUAUGGUGAGAAAAGUCAGACAAGGAGAAAUUCAGCCUUCUUUAUGCACAGGAAUCCUCUUGACAUCUGGAGCUGGCAGCCCUGUACAAACUAGGGUGGAGAAUGGGCCGGGCUGAAUUAUCUGAAACAGCCAAGUGUUUCUCAAACCUGGGUCUCCAGCUGUUUUGGGACUACAACUCCUAUCAUCACUAGCUAACAGGCCCAGUGGUCAGGGAUGAUGGGAGUUGCAGUCCAACAACAGCUGGAGACCCCGGUUUGAGAAACACUGAAUGGCAAAGGCUGAUGGUAGGUCCCUGGUCUCUCAACUGUAGGGCCUAAUUGUGCACAGUCUUUGUUUACCUAAAGAUAAUCUCUGUGCAGGAAAAAGCACCAGCCCAUCAUUUGUGAAGGCUGGCACGAGGGCUGUUUGGGAUGUGAAUACAGGGCCACAUACAGCUGGCUAGCUCUGAGGAGGCCUACAAUGUGGAGGAGGUUGAUCUUUCUAGCAGAACUCUUGCUGACUGCUGGGUUUCCAUUGUUUUGUCUGCACUGCCCUCUAGUGGAACAAAUUCCAUUUUCCUUAAUGAAUCUGAAAGGGUCGACCACUCUCACACAUUGGGCUGGCUCCUUCUCCUUCCCACUUUCUGUCCGGACUUGCUUCCUAUCCUACUUGACAUAUCCCAGCUUGCGACAAUCUUUAAAUACUGCUUUUGUGGAAAGUUCCUUUCACUAGGCCUUUUAAAAAAUGUCUUUGUAGAAAUAUGGGUUUAACAGUCUGAACCAGCUGCCUUUGGCCUGAUGCCCACCAGACAUUAAUAAUAAUAAUAAUAAUAAUAAUAAUAAUAAUAGAUAUUAGAUAAUAAGGUGCCGCUUUAUAGUGGAAAGGUAAACGGCGUUUCCGUGUGCUGCGCUGGUGCUGGCUCGCCAGAGCAGCUUCGUCACGCUGGCCACGUGACCCGGAAGUGUCUCCGGACAGCGCUGGCCCCCGGCCUCUUAAGUGAGAUGGGCGCACAACCCUAGAGUUGGACACGACUGGCCCGUACGGGCAGGGGUACCUUAAUAAUAAUAAUAAUAAUAAUAAUAAUAAUAAUAAUAAUAAUACAGUGGUACCUCAGGUUAAGUACUUAAUUCAUUCUGGAGGUCUGUUCUUAACCUGAAACUGUUCUUAACCUGAAGCAUCACUUUAGCUAAUUGGGGCUCCUGCUGCCGCUGCGCCGCUGGAGCACAAUUUCUGUUCUCAUCCUGAAGCAAAGUUCUUAACCCGAGGUACUAUUUCUGGGUUAGCGGAGUCUGUACCCUGAAGCGUAUGUAACCCAAGGUACCACUGUAAUAAAUUAUGUUUUUUUCCCAGCCACUCUGGGCGGCUCCCAACAGAAUAUUAAAAACACAAUAAAACAUCAGACAUUAAAAUCUUCAGAUGUCUUCUAAAGUCAGAUAGUUGUUUAGUUGCUUUUCAAGCUGCACUGGCUCCCGGUGGAGUACAGGGUCAGAUUUAAGGUGCUGCUUUUGACCUUUGAAGCCCUUCAUGGCCUAGGACCCUCGUAUCUACGGGACCGCCUCUCCUGGUAUGCCCCACGGAGAGCCUCAAGGUCCAUAAAUAACAACACCCUAGUGGUCCCGGGCCCUAAGGAAGUUAGAUUGGCUUCAACCAGAGCCAGGGCCUUUUCAGCUCUGGCUCCGGCCUGGUGGAACGCUCUGCCUCAUGAGACCAGGGCCCUGCAGGAUCUGAUUUCUUUCCGCAGGGCCUGUAAGACAGAGUUGUUCCACCUGGCCUUUGGCUUGGAGCCAAUUUGAUUCCCUCCCUCCCUCUCUUUCUUUUUUCUUUUCCUUCUCCUCCUGCGAUGAGGCUACAUUUUAAUAUUUUAAUGUUCCAUUAUUUUAAUGUUGUAUUUUAUUUUUGUUUUUAAGUUGUAAUCAUUCAUCUUCUUUUUAUUAUUGCUUGUAAGCCGCUCUGAGCCCGGUCUUGGCUGGGGGGGUGGGGUAUAUAUAAAAAUUAUUAUUAUUAUUAUUAUUAUUAUUAUUUCCAUGACAUCUGAUGGGAGGGCGUUCCACAGAGCGGGCGCCACUACCGAGAAGGCCCUCUGCCUGCUUCCCUGUAACUUCACUUCUUGCAGUAAGGGAACCUCCAGAAGGCCCUCAGAGCUGGACCUCAGUGUCCGGGCAGAACUACAAUUUCCAGCAUCCCAUGGUGGCUAAGGCUGAUGGGACUUGUAGUCCAAAAGCAUCUGGAGAGAACCAGGUUGGGGAAGGGUGACCUAAAAGAAGAAACACAUUACAAAGUGCUGCCCAGGGGCAGAAAUGAACAAAUACCCAGCCAUCUGGAAACCGCUGACUAUUGCUACUAGCCCCAGCAAGACCCCCUUCGCAAGGGUGAGAUCUACUGUGAAGGAGUAUAAGAUGUACUCUCUGUGUCAUUUCCCAGUCCUUAACAAAAAGACAUAAAAAAAAACUCCUGCCAAGCAGUGAAGCUCCAGGACUUAGAAGAAGCUGCAGAUUUAGGCAUGUGGUGCAGUGUUGCUUCCCUACCUUGUUGGCACAGUGAUAUGUCUGGUUUACAUUUCAUCCAAAAUUAUCAAGGAAGACCUUUCUGCAGAGAAAAUCCUUGCUGCUCUUGCUUUCCAUUCAAAAAUCCAGAGGAAUAUCCCGUUUUCUUGCGUGCUGGUGCCACCCUUGUCCUCCUCCUUCUGAGCUCUACAGAUGCUCUCCCAAGUAGCCUGUGUCUCUAUGUGCAUGUAGAAUAAGAUGCUGUCUGCUGCUGUCUCACAAGAGUGGUGUCUCCCAGCACUAACCUUCCCCUUCCCUGUGCACCUUUAUGCCUGGCAGGUGGGAGAAGAUGUUGCUGAUGCCCGCAAGUGUGCCUGUGCCAGCCAUGUGGCCAAAGUCGCAGAAUUCUUCCAGGUCAGUGGCAAACUGUUUGGGGAAGGUUGUGCGGGGGGAGUGCCUAUGCAACAGUCCUUUCCCAUCUUGUGGAAAAGGGAUUUGGACUUUGUGGAAGAGGGAGCGUAGUUCUUCUGCAAUGCAGGGGUGGAAAGACCUGUGGCCCUCCAAAUGUGGACAGAGAGUGUGGCCCAAUAACAUCUGGAAGGGCACAGGAUCCACAUCUGGGAUGGGCAAGGAGAUUUGAUCGUGAGCUGUUGGCAGGAGACCUGUGUCAGCUGCUGGGUCUCCACUGUUGUCCUCCAGGGUAGCUGCCUUAAAUCCUCAUCUGACUUCCUGCUCAAUGCAAAAUGCAGCUUCAAGUGGGGUGGCGAACCUGAGGUCAGGGGGCCAGAUGUGGCCCUCCAGGGCUCUCUGCCCAGCCCUUGGGACUCUUCUUACUCCUUGCCCCUCAUCAGCCUGGUUUGUGGCUUUCUAAAGUUCUUUUGCCUGGCUGGUAUAUGUCCUUGAACCAUGAUUAUGCCUCCUGCUUGCCCAGUUUAGGUAGGCAGGUAGCGGGUGCACAGGUGGGUGUAAGCCCCUGGCUUUUGCAUGGCUAGAGUAGAGCCUGCUCUACAAAGGUAAACUUCACACAUCCUUUGCCCUGCUUGCUUUUGUCUCUGGCCCUGCCCAGCACUGGCAAGCAGCCCCCCAGAAAACUACCCAAGAGGGAAUGCAGGCUCUCUCUGAAAGGGGUUCCCCGCCUUUGAAGCUACAGUAUGCCUGACAAAUAUGCUCAUCCGGACUCCGCUUAAAUAGCUCCAUUGGAGGAGAGCCCACCACCUCCCAACACAGUCUUUGUCUACUGUCUAGCAGCUCUCUUCCCAAUAAAUAUGAAGUGGCCUCUGGUGCUGAGCUGAAAUCUCGUUCCCUGCCAUUUCCUGGUCCUAGUCCAUCUUCUCCAGCUUGGUGGCUGGACCCUCAUUUUUCAGUGUGGUUUGAAUGUCUCAACAGGGUGUGGAUGUCAUUGUCAACGCUAGCAGUGUGGAAGACAUCGACCCAGGAGCCAUUGGGCAGCGGCUCUCCAAUGGCCUCGCCCGCAUUGCCAGCCCCGUGCUGCACCGUCUCCGCCUGCGUGAGGAUGAGAAUGCGCAGCCAGUGGUAAUGCUCCUUCUUUGCCAUGCCCCCUUUCUCCUUGCUGGGGAGAAGCAGCACCAGCCUCUUCUGGGCUUGGGUGUGGCUGGUCUGCCGAAAGCAGUUUCUACUUAGGGCAGCCUUCCCCAGAUGUGGACUACAGCUCCCAUCAGCCCCUGCCAGCAUGGUCUGGGACUAGGGGGAGAUGGGAGCUGUAGUCCAACACCAUCUGCAGGCACCAGGUUGGGGAAGGCUGUUAAUAAAGGGUAAGAAAGAUGGUUACAGUGGAGUGGAUGUUUCCAUUAGCAAUAAUUUCACCUCAGAUUAACCUCACUGGCUACGAUGGGUGCACUGCAAAUCCUCCAGCAUACAUUAUAAACUGCCUUGAAGAAUAUUCUGGUCAGUUACCCCCAUGCUGUUGUAAAGCAUUGUGAAACACACCAGGGCGGUGAGAACCUGGCAAGUUGUCUUGUUAUCUGUGUGUCCUCAUUCACACACGUACAGGUCUCUCUCUCCUGAUUUGAUUUCUUUGUUCCAGGGCACCACCUAUCAGAAGACUGAUGCUGCUGUGGAGAUGAAGCGACUCAACCGGGAGCAGUUCUGGGAGCAGGCCAAGGUAGAGAGGUUUUACCAAGGAAGCCCUGUCCCUGGGCAGGGCAAGUCUGUGAUUAGCUAUGACUAUCAUCUAUCUAUCUAUCAUCUAUCAUCUAUCUUAUCUAUCUCUAUCUCUAUUAUCUAUCUAUCUAUCUAUCUAUCAUCUAUCUAAUCUAUCUGUCAUCUAUCUAAUCUAUCAUCUCUCUCUCUCUCUCUCUCUCUCUCUCUCUCUCUCUCUCUCUCUCUCACGCACACACGCACGUAUGUCAUUCCUUCCCUCCAUCCAUGUUCCAGCCCUUCUGUGUGAGGGGCAGCACUACCCUCUCCCUCUUUUCUGUCCCUUGUAGAAAGAGGAGGAGCUGCGCAAGGAGGAGGAGCGGAAGAAGGCCCUGGACGAGCGGCUGCGUUUUGAGCAAGAGCGCAUGGAGCAGGAGAGGCAGGAGCAGGAGGAGCGAGAGAAGCGCUACCGGGAGCGCGAGGAGCAGAUUGAGGAACACAGGCAAGGGGCGGCUGGGAGGGUCUGGCCGUGUUGUUGUCUAUGUGCAAAGGGAGCCAAGGAGGCAACACGGGUGGUUCCUUAGCAAGCCAAGAUGGGCAAAUAUUGGUUUGUCCCACGGGAGGGUUGUGCUCUAAUCCUGCUUGCAGGCAAGGACGCCUCUUCCACAUUGCUUCCUUGUUGGAAGCAAAAGUGGCCCUGUUUCAUUGGCUGCCCUGUUGCUCCUCCUUCUGUUUGGAUAGGCCUAAGUGCCUCUCGGUCCUUCCUGAAUGUUAUGCUGCCAGUACUGAUGGUGGUGAGAGUCUGCUUGAACUCAGCAUGAUUAUUUAGUGCGGUUGGAGGUAUAUAUCAACCUCACCUCUUGCUGUUUUGAAUUUAAUUGCUCACAGAGCCACAUACAGUCAUACUUCGGGUUACAGACGCUUCAGGUUGCGUUUUUUUCAGGUUACGGACUGCCGAAACCCGGAAGUACCAGAAUGGGUUACUUCAGGGUUUCGGCGGUCACGCAUGCACAGACACACAGAAUCGCAAUCUGCAUGUGCGCAGACGUGCCACUGCACGUUGCGAACGCUGUGGGUUGCGAACGUGCAUCCCGCCCGGAUCACGUUCGCAACCUGAGCAUCCACUGUACAUGUUUACUGAAUGUAUUGUGCUGGUAAUCGCUGUUUCCUCCAAAACAUUCCUAGGAGGUAGGUUCAGCUGGGAGGUAGCGGCUGACCUAAAGUCAUUCAGAGUGCUUCGUGGGUGAGUGGGGAUUGGAACCUCCCCAAUCCACAUUCUACUUCCUCUCUAUAAUACCAGUAGUUUUCAAGCUGUGUUCCAUGGCAUCUUGGGGUUCUUUGAAAGCCAGUGAAGACCAUUAAUGGCAGGCAAUUCUCCCUGAAAAAUGGCUUGCCCACCGCUGCUGAUUGUUCUCUGCCAUGUUUUGUUGGAGCACAGUCUUGCACUUCACACUGAAUAGAGAUGAGACCCCAAAGUCCUGGCAGAAACCUGAGUGUGUUCUUCGGAAAGAUUUCGUGGCAGAUUUGGGGGAAGGGGGGGGGGCUAAGCAGUUGAGUUUGGAAAGAGCUCUCUCCUGCAGUCGAGUGCGGUAGAAAGCCACUCCACAGAAGCACCCUGGCACAGUGCCCUUUCCUAGUUGUUUGUUCUCCCUUGUUGUUGUAGGAUCAUCCAAAGCUUUCAAUUUACAACAACAACAACAAUUUAUUAUUUAUACCCAACCCAUCUGGCUAGGUUUCCCCAGCAACUCUGGGCAGCUUCCAACAAAAUAUUAAAAUACAAUAGUCUGUUAAACAUUAAAAGCUUCCCUAAACAGGGCUGCCUUCAGAUGUCUUCUAAAAGUCUGGUAGUUGUUUUUCUCUUUGACAUCUGGUGGGAAGGCGUUCCACAGGGCGAGUGCCACUACCAAGAAGGCCUUCUGCCUGGUUCCCUGUAACUUGGCUUCUCACAGCAAGGGAACUGCCAGAAGGCCCUCGGCGCUGGACCUCAGUGUCUGGGCGGAACAAUGUUUACUUCUUCUGAUGACAGAGGGGUUGGCUGCUUUGGUCAAAGCCAUACCACUUGCCCUGUGUCCUACCAGAAUAGAUUGAAGAAACAUCUGAAAUUAUAGGUCUUUGCCACCUCCUGCAUGUUCAUUUGGGACCAGAGGGAACCAUGCAACAGUAGCCAAUGUGCCUUUAAUGGUUUCAUAUUCCAUAUGUGCAAUAAACAGUCCCUGUUCUGUGAUUUCCUAGGUUUAUCAGGACUUCUGCAGCUCUUUGGAGGGCUGUGUGUGUCGGAUGGCAGUGCUGUUUCAUAACUGCUGAACGAUGAUGGUCCCUGAAGUGAAGCACUUAAAUCAUUUUGCAUUUGCAUGAGUGGCAGUGAUGAAAUUUUAAUAGAGAGAUAGAUUGGACCCAGCCUGGGCAGGACAUAUUUGGGCAUACUUUCUCGUGUUGUGGUUUAUAUCCAAACAGCUAUGGUAGGCUGGAUUAAGAGUACAAACACAUCAUCAUUUUCAUACACAACAGUGGUUCCUAGGUAGGUGAACAUGCAGCAGACAGAAUGCCAAGUGGUAGGAUAAGAAAUUGGAACACCUUGGUGAGCUGACAAGGCAUGGAUUGCAAUAGGCUAACAUGUAAAGUGUAACACCUAAGAAAGGAAGCUCAGAAGGUAACUGUUUAAAGGUGGGAGGCAGAAACUGGAUGGGAUUUGGAAUGGGACACACUUGCAAAACAUGGAGCGACAGGAGGCAUUUAGCAGAGGGGCUCCCAGAGCACAAGGCAUAAUAACCCCUCCAAAUGUUCUUUUUAUCACACAAGCUUGAUGAUCUGUGCUCAAGAUGGUAUCAGGGCAGCUAUAUGUGAUUCCACUUUCAAUGUUGUUUGGGCCUGUGGAAGUUCAGAGGUGGACAUGCUGCUUCAUUUCCAGCUGGUGCAUGCCCCAUCGCUUCCUGCUGAAAUCCUGCAACUUCUGGGAUGGGCGGGUUGUCCUGCUUUGGUUGUGCUAUAGCAAAAGGGUGCCUCUCCCCCGAUGGCAAUAGUGCAGCAGCACAUGCAGUAGCAUUGCCAAACAACGAAUAAAGCGGAAUGAUGUGUGGGCUGCCCAGUGUAAAUCCACGGCUAAUGCAUUAUUAUUGCAUCAAAGACACGUUGCAGAAAAUACCCACAGGAAACACAAAAAGGCCAUGCUAUCUGGAGGCGCCCAAGAGAUUUUCCUUUCUGGCAAAAUAGGCACAGAGCAAGCUUGAGAGUGGGCUCUAGAGACCAGUGAAAAUGAUUUAAGAGGCCUUGAAAUAAGAGCUAAUGGGGGAAAUGGUGCAUAAUAAGGAUUAAGUGAGGGUGCAACAGAAAAUUUCAAAUAUACACAACUUUGGAAUAAAGCUGGAGGUCAGAUGGUUCUCCAUGGUUCCUGAAUGGAUAAGGGUAUCUUUUGACUGAUUGGCUACUUCCUGCUGCUUUGUGAGGAAGGGUGGGGUAUUAUUAUUAUUGAUGUUAAAUGUUAGAAAGCCAAGUCAGCCUGCGGCCUGUCCUGCCCAGGCCCUAGCAUUCCAGUACUGGGAUCUCUCAAGCCUUCUUUUCCUCCUCCUUCUCCUCCUUUCCCUUCCCACCAGGCGAAAGCAGCAGACCCUGGAGGCGGAGGAAGCCAAGCAGCGGUUGAAGGAGCAGUCCAUCUUUGUAAGUGAUGCUUCACGAGCUUGGGGGAGGAUUGCCCAGUUGUGCCACUGGCUCCCCCAAGGAGGUUGGCAGAGGUAGGGAUUCAGCACCAAGGCUGGCUGGUGACAUUGGGGACCCACUCUGCAGCCAGGGUGAGGACGUCUUGCUGCCCAAGAGCUCUUCCUCUCUCCAGCUUUGUGCUAGGUCAGGAGAAUAACAGUAAAGCAAACAGACAGACAGACAGACAGACAAAUGUAGGGUCUUCUGGUGUGGUUGAGGUGCCCUGGGGCUGACGCUGACCUCUCUCCCUAGGGGGAGCAGGAGGACGACGAAGACAGGCAGCAGCCCAAAAAGUCUGAGUCAGAGGUGGAGGUGAGUGCGGCCCCGGGGCACAGCAUGCGUUGUGUAGGCAGCAGGACCUCCAUGCACCCUACAGGGCUGUUGCUGCAUGAGGGUUGUCGCGUUUGUGUGUGGAGAGUUUUGGCAGGGAGGGGGGGGCCCUUCAAUUCUGGCGACUGUUGUCCUGUGGAGAAGCUGGAGUGUGCUGUUGAUGAGCGGAAGUCUGUGCUUAAGCAAGGCUGGGCAUCAGUUCUCUCUCUGGGGAGCAAGGCGGGAUCCCGGCUGUCCUCGUCUCUCCUCCUUUGCUUACAUACAUGUUCCAUUUUGUCAGAAGAGGAAGACAGAGUGUGGUGCUGUCACUUUUCUUUUCCCCCCCUGUCACUGUGUGCCAUUGCUGCUGCUGAGGGUGGGGUGGGGCAUGGGGUGAGGGACACUGUUUGUGUGUGGCACGUAUCAUGUUUUGUCACUGUUGACCUGGCAACUGCAUGGGGAGGGGCAGCGCUGGGUGUGAGGGGGUUUGGGCUGGGUUUAUGACGGGGUCUGUGUGGGCCUGUGGACUGGGCUGCCCUUGACCGUCCUCUCUCGCCUCUUCCCCUCGCAUCCUGACAGGAGGCGGCUGCCAUCAUUGCUCAGAGGCCCGAGAACCCCCGCGAGUUCUUCAGGCAGCAAGAGCGAGUGGCUUCAGCCAGUUCAGAGACGGCCCCGCCCAUCAACAGAACAGGUAGAGAGCCCUUGCCGCUGCUGCUUCAGGCAGGGAGUACAGAAAAUGGGGGAAUGAGGGUUGGUGGGGAAGCGUUCAGGAAGAUUUCAGCAACCUGGUUUUUGUUUUGUUUUUGUUCUCGAAUGGAAGGUGGGGCAGUAUACAUCUCAGGGCAAGGCAUCCAGACACUUGGAAAUGUCUGCUAUGGAUGAUAUGAGCAGAUGGGGGGUGGGUUGUUUAAGGAAGCAAAAGCAAAAUGCAAAAACCUCAGAAACAUGACCAGAGGUCAGUUGAACACAGAAUGAGGUGCAGAGAAGAGACAUUCCCUGCUGCUGAGUCUCACCAUAAGGAAAACAGCCAGCAUCCUAUGAAAGCCUGAAAAGUGGCAAAUGGCUAACUAUAACAAAAGACUUAUGUCCUUUCUUAUCACAUAUAACCAAGUUUUGCUUCCAAUAAUUUGAUUAGGUGUUGUUGUUGGAUAUAUAUAUUCUAGUUCAUAUCUAUUUCAUUGUCCAAAACGGCAACAGUUUUGUCAGUUUUGGAGAACAGUAGCAAUGAGAUCUUCAGGGUUAUACUACGUCAUUAUCCAGCACAUGGGGCUUAGAGUGAGACAUCUGUGGCGCAGCUUGUCCUGCCUUUCUCUUGCGCAAGGCUCACAAUAUCGCUCCUGGAUCAGGGGUUGCUGCUGAUGCCACCGCCACACAAGGCGUGUGUUUCUGGGCUGUGGAUCAAACCUAGCAUAGCUUGAUUUUCAAGACAGGGUCUGGGGGAUCAUCUGUCUUUGAGGACACUAUAGUGAACCUCUUACCCUUUGAGAAUUUAACGUGGAAGCAAAAGAUCAUUUAUCAUGUAGUCAUUGAUGUAGAAAACGUUCCAUUCUGGGCUAAAUCUGUAUUGGCAGCCCGUCGUCACCACACCCUGCUUUCAUGGUGUCUGGAUCCUGCAGACAGUUGGCUUCCCUGAUGGGAAGUUUCCAAGUGGUGUCCAUGCAGCAAAGUGGUCCUCCAUCACCUCAGUUGCCUCAUCCCAGUAUGCGAGUGGGUCUGAUGUUAGCUAGGCAGCAGGAGCUCUCAGUGUUAUUUAUCGAAUUGGCCAGCCUUGGGGGGGAUGCUCUGGCCUAGCAGCCUGUUUCUGCCCUUGACAGUGCUGUCUGAAGAAUGGUACUGCUGGGGUGGGCAGGUGAGCAAAGGGACACUAUGAAUAAGCCAAUGUAAACAAGACAGGGGGCCCAGAAAUCCUGCUGCAGUUUUCAUUGCAUCAAGCGAGGCUGUGUCUCUGUAGCCAGGAGGGAGAACCUGUGGCCCUCCAGGAGGUGUUGGGCUCCUUCAGCCUCAGCCAGCAUGGCUGAUGAUCAGAGGGGAUGGGAUAUGUAGCCUGAUAUUAUCUGGGAGGCCACAGGUUUCCCUAUGGAAGGAACUGGACAAAAGAAAGCAGGGGCAGCCCCGGGUGAGAUUUUCUCUUGUGCUCUCUCCCACCCCAAUUCCUGGCUGCUGUUUAGGACACACUUCUUGGCUGCUUGUGAGUUUUGUACAGCCCACCAGACCUGAGUAGGUCACAGAACCUCCAAGCAUUGUUUUGGCAAAGAAGCGCAGAGACUCAGCGCUUUUUUUGCAGCAGCCUCCACGGGUGGUUCAUGCUAGAGAACUCCUUUGCACCUCUGCUAUGGCUUUUUCUGGCUCCUUGGGCUGCUCACCGCAGAGGAUGGCGCAGCUGCGACUAUGCCUGCCCCAGGGCUAAGGCAUGAACUCUGCUCUCUGGAGCCCUCUGCAUUAUGGCUUUGGGUUCACACUUCUGUGUGAUAGUUUGGGUCGGCUCUCUAUUGGGAACCAGGUUGCCAGUUGAUGUAGGGACCUUGGCAUGAACUCGUCUUCCCCGGCACCACUUGCGUAUCCUGCCUCCAAGCUCCUCUUUCUCUCCCGCUUCACUUUCUUGCACCGCCCAGCCUUCCUGAUGCCAUCCUGCCCCCUCCACACUGCUCCAGCCUGGCCCUCGUGCCCCCCCAUCCGCUGCCUUUGCUUUCCCCCAGCCCCCCACCCUGCACUGCUGCCCCCAGGAGCCUCCUCCCACCCUCCUCCUUGCCUUUGCAGAGACCCGCCUCCCUCACAGUCUUCCCCUGCCUCCCCAGCCCCUCACGUGGGCCUUGCUUGCCCAGUGGCAUGAGCAGGGGGGCGGGCGGGAGAUGGAGUGGGCAGCUGGAGGGGAGACUGAUCAUUCUCUUCUGCUUUCUCUGUCUCCGUCCGUCUGUCUUGUCUUUCUCUCAGCAGGUCGUCUGCACUGUCCUUUCAUAAAGACACCUGACAGUGGGCCGCCUUCCUUCUCCUCCUCCUCCUCCUCCUCCCCUCCACGGACUCCCUUCCCCUAUAUCUCUUGCCACCGCACACCAAACCUCUCCUCCUUCUUCCCAUGUAGGUAGCCAGGCCCCGGCCGGGCUUUGGGGAGUCAGUUGGGGAGGCAGCUGCUUCGGGGGCCUUGCCCACCCGCCCCGCACCUUGUAUCUUUGGCCAUGCCCAAUCUCACUCCGCAGGCAUCUCUGAAAGGAAGGACUAAGAGUCCAUGAGUGUCCGAGAAACACUGGCCCCGCAGACUGGACCAGGGAAGACUCAGGGCGCAGCCUGCUCUCUUGUGUUCACUGAAUGGCAGGAGUGUAGCCCCAGAAGAGCGGAGAGGGGUCUAGCGUUAUGCUUCGGCAGCUACCACCCUCGGGAGAGCUGGCUUUGUAUAUAAGACGGAAACUUCCCCUUUGGCGCCCCACAUCUAUGCCCCCGCCUGGUUCACCUUUUAAAAAACAGCUUUGGUUAGGUAGGCCGCAACAGGGACUUCUCAACAUCAGUAGCUACACCAUAAAUCCAAGCAUGGAUUUGCAGGCCGGUGUAUUGAUGCCCUCUAGGCAGGGUGGAGGCAGUGAACAGAGAGCCUCAAAUGAAAACCAGUUAGGCCGAUUGUGACUGUAGAACAGAGCACCCGUUUCCCCAGAUUAGAAAAGGGGGAGCCAAAAUCUAUGCAAACAGAAGAUGAACCACACACACAUAUACACACACAGAGAGACAAACAGUAGGCACACAGGCACACACACCAUGCUGCAGGGGGCAGAUGCACUGCAGAACAGGGGAUGUCCCUGAAGCAGGGUGUAGGGUGGAUAUACUGAGCAAACUGGGUUUGUGAUGGGAGUACUAAGUCUGGGACAGAGACGACCUUCUAAAGUUGUCCCUUCACCUGAUGUUUGCAGGGGGGAGGGGUGUUAUGUUUUCCUGUAGACUCUGCUUCCAAAGAUAGUAAAAAGGGGAGGAUACGUCCUACUCUAUAAAGGAGAGGGUGGUGAAAUCGGCCUCCCAGUGUUGCUGGAUUACAACUCCCAUCAUCCCUGACCAUUGGCCAUAGUUGCUGUGGACAUUGGGAGCUGAGAGAGCCACGGUUUCCUCAUUCCCAAUUUUAAGUACCAUUUGACAUAGAGAACUUCAGGGCCCCCAUGGUUGUACAUGACAAGAGUUCUGCCUCCACCCACCACAAAAUAGGGCUUUUUUUCCUUCUUCACUCCUUCAGUUUCCAACACAUUUGUCAGCAAAAAGCAAAGUGAAACCUUUAUGCCAUAUAACUUGCUGUAGGGUUAGGGUCGCUUCAGGGCAACCGGUUAAUUUUGUCGACUUGGUAAGUUGGGGAAAUGGCACAUUUCAGGAAGAGUCGGAUCUUGGUGCCUUGUUGCCGUCGCUGUUGUUCAAACGAAGCUGCCCUGCGUGCUUGGGAGCGCAACUGGCGGGCCCUGUGGCUAGGGGGGUGUCGUGGCCUUUGACCUGUGGGCUCCCCACCUGAGUGCCCGUGUGGCUCCUUCACAGGCAGCCAGUCGGAAACGCACAGAAAGGUCUCUGCCUCCGCCAGUAGCCCCUGCGACUCCAGCACAGCCUCGACGCCUGUUGGGGAGCAGAUUGAGCGGGCCCUGGAUGAGGUAACGCAGCAGGGUGCAUUGAAAGGUAGGUGCAGCCCCCUCGCCCCUUUGGCUUGCCCCUCUCCCGGGUCCUCGGGCUGCGGGCUCCCUCCCUCCAGGUCUGCUGAGGAACCUCCUCUCUCGCUUCCUCCCUGCUGCAGACUCCUCCAGCCCCAGCAGCGACGAGACAGCGGUGGCAUCCGCAAUGAGCUGGGCCCCUGCCAGCGUGGAGCCUCCGAUGGAGAAGGCCGAGGAGCCCCCUGUGGGGGCCACAGCCUGGCAGGCAGCGGACUGGGCAGAGCCGCAGCAAGGCGGGGCUGGCCCCACGGAAGACCUGGUGUUUCCAGAGCCCAAAGACGAGCCUCUGUUCCCAGACGCCCCGCCUCCCAAAGAAGAGCCUCUGUUCCCAGCAGCCCCUCUGCCCAUACAGAGCGAAGGUGCCCUGGAUCUGGGCGAGGCCUUUGGGUUCUCCCAGCCCCCCGCCCCGCCGUCAGAGAACAUCCUCGACCUGUGGCAGAACGACAGCGCCGCGGCCGAGCCCACCCCUCCCGGCGCCUGGGAGCUCCAGGGCGGGCCCCCCACCCCAGCCCCGUGGGACCUUCACGACGGGCCGCCCGCCACCGCCCCCAUGCUGGUCGAGGUGGAUGCCCCCCCAGGGGCAGUGGAGCCCCCGCCCUCCGCCAGCCUCCUGGAAGACAACCUGUUGAACUUCAACGACCUGCCCGAGCCCCCGGCCACCUUCUGCGACGCUGAGCAGGAUGAAGAGCCGGCCAGCAUCAUUGCCAUCGAGGGGCUGCACCAGAUGACCCUCAGCUACCAGCACGCCCUGCAGGAAGCUUCCGGGGUGCACCAAGAGCCCCAGCUGCUCACCAACGGGGAGACGGCCCAAAAGGAAAGCACGCAGGUGAGGGGGGCGCGCUCAGGCUGGCAGCAGGGCCUGGGGAGCACUUCUGAAAGCUCCUGGCCCUGCCUUGCAGAUCAAAACAGAGGAUCAUGAGGUACCAGAGUUUGCUGCUGCGUGUUCAUUUAAAGUGUGUCUCCUUUGGGCCCUGCCACUGGAGAAGUAAUAAUAAUAAUACUUUUGUAAUUUAUGUGCUGCCCAACUGAUUGGCUUGCCCCAGCCACCCUGGGUGGCUUGCAACAAAUUAAAACACCAAGCACAGUAAAACAUCAAACAUUAAAACCUUCCUUAUGCAUGACACAUCUUCUUUCGUGUCUUAUUUAUACACGCACAGACAAAAUAUUUCUUUCUUUAUUAAUGUUGAAGAAUGAUGAUGAACAACUUAAUAUAUGCACCUUGCUGCAGUCUUUAGACCAUGCAUGUUCCACGAACUUUUGGACCCUUUCACACGUGCUAGCUCAUGGGUAGCUUGAGCAUUUUACUCCUCAGGCCUUCGUUGUCUGAGUACAAAACCAGAAAGUGAUUGUUGCUCUGGGUUAACUGGGAAGGGAAAGAAUAGGGACACCUUCCAAAGCACAGCACAUGCCACGUUUUGCUUUUCUCUUCCAGACCAGCGAGGGUUAUUUCAGCCAAUCACAAGAUGAAGACUUUAACCAAUCAGAAGAACCAUCUGCUAAAGCUCCUCCUCCAGUGUUCUACAAUAAGCCCCCAGGUGAGGCUCAGGGAUGGAUGGGCAGGUGGGAGGGAUGGGAAGAUCCACCUUUGCGCUUCCUCUUCUGGGGACCCCUAGAAGAGCAGGGUCUGGGGACCACCCCUUUUCAAAGGGGGGAAAGAGCCAGCCACCCUCCCUCACAGGUCAUGCAUUUGAUUCCCCCCUCAGAGAUUGAUAUCACCUGUUGGGAUGCGGACCCAGUGCCAGAAGACGAGGAGAACUUUGGGGGCAGCAUUUAAGGCUAGCUCCCCUGCCCGACUCCUGUAUCCUGCACCCAGCGAGUGCAAGCCUGGAGCAGCCGCAGUGAGGGCCUGGUGCCUGCUUGCUCCGUAUUGUAGCCCUGCGGUCCAGGGCCUAAGAUUGUGCCCCAGCCAGACAGGAUAUUCUCCAUGGUACUCCGGGGUAACUUUUUCCAGCUCUCUUUCUCUUUCUCUCUCUCUCUCUUCUCCCUGUUUUUCUAAUGUUGUCAAAUAGGAAACGUGUAAAUCUGCCUGGUCCCCCUCUUUGUUGGUAGCUUCCCUGCAGAUCCUUCCCCCUUCCAAUUGCCUCUGCCCAUUGGGUUUUUUCUGACACCCCCCCCCCAAAUGCCAUGUAUACCAUCUGGGUUGAUCUCCUGUGAGUGCUGCUCUUGGGGGUGGGUGGGGAGGGUCACUUCCUCCUCUGCCCAGAGUUUUGAGUAUUUUGCACGAAUUUAAAAUAAAAUAUGGCAAUAAAAUGGCCCUUGUGUGGGCAAGGCUCUGGCUCCCAUCCCCCCACUUCUCCCCUGUUUGGUCCCCCCCAACACACACCUGAGGCACCCAGGGAAGCAAAGGAGAGCCCCCUCCAUCCCUGGGCUCUAGCAGCAAGGAACUUUCCCCCCUCCAGAGUUCUGUGCCCAAAUGCCCCUCUUGUUUCAGAAAUAAGCCCAUUUCAGACCCUUCUCCUUAGGCCUUUGUUUGCCCUGAGAGCCUGGGACAAGGGGAGACUCUGGGUGGGCUCUUCCCCCCUCCAAAAAAACCCUUUCCUCUUUCCCUACCCUCUUUCCUCUUUCAUUCCAUGCUUGGUUUCCUUUCUCUCACGUACAGUAAUUGUUUUUUUGAAAGCACAAAUUCUGUAACAGCAAUGUGCUUAUGUAUGUUAAUAAAUAAAUUGAUUCCAAGCAGGGC